AUGGCGACAACGACUUCCAUCACAAAUACCUACCGCAUGGGCUACUCCGAUGCCAUCAUAAAGUUCAUGGAUGCCCGCGGCGCGGACACAGAGGCCUUUCCCCUCAUGCCUCAUCUUCAGCCGACAGACAGGAUACUUGACCUGGGGUGCGGACCAGGCAGCAUCACAGUUGGUCUCGCUCCCAAAGUUGCCUCCGUGGUAGCUCUGGAUGUAUCCGGCGUCAGCAUCGACAUGACACGCAGACGCGUAGAGCAAAUGAGAGAAGCCGGGUCUUUGACCGCCCCAGACGCCGCAAAGAUUACCUGUCUUCAGGCAGACGUCCUCGCGGGGCUUCCUUUCGAGUCACACACAUUUGACGUCAUCUACGCCAGCCAGGUCUUUGUUCACCUCACGGGACCAGGACAGGCUGCUCGCGCAAUGGCUGAAGUGCGAAGAGUCCUCAAAAGUGGUGGCAUAUUGGCCACGCGUGAUGCUGCAGAGUCAUUCUACUAUCCGCGGCAUUCAAACCUGUGGGAUAUAUGGGGUAGCAAGAUGAAUAGAGCACUUCUGGGGCACGACGCCAAGUUCGUAGCAGACGGUAAGCCUGGGGGGCCGGAUAUGAUGCCCCGGCUGUAUCGAGAGUCUGGUUUCGAGCCACAAAAGAUCAAAGUUACGUCUGGGCUGCCUUGGGUGUUUUCUGGGAGGACAGGUCGGGAGUGGUGUGUCAAUAACUGGACUGAAAAGAUGGAUGACCCGUCACUUCUUGAUAAGUGGGUUGCUGCUGGAGUGACUGAUGAGCACAAGAAAGUUGCCAAAAAGGCAUUGGCAGACUGGCUAGACAACGAGGAUGCAUAUAUGAUGGUUACACACUGCGAUAUACUUGGGUGGAAAUGA